UCUCCUUUACAACCUUCGAUCCCUGAUACUUACAUAAUUCCCAGGACGACAUAAUGCUGGCACCCGACGCCACGCCGGUCAGUGUUGGUGCAGGCUGCCGCUCGCCAUUAUGACCUGCUGUGACCAGAGAUGCGGGCUCAUUACAGGGACGGUGCUGGGCGCACUGAUCGCUGUGCUUGGGGGCAUUCUCAUCCCUGUGGGUAACCUUGUUAUUAAGAACACGGUGAACAAGGAAGUGGUGUUGGAAAAUGGGACUUUGGCUUUUGACACCUGGACAUCAGUGGACAUUUCAGUGUACAGGCAGUUCUGGCUAUUUGAUGUGCAGAACCCUAAUGAUGUUCUAGCUCGAGGGGCAAAACCGAUACUUAAACAGAAAGGACCAUACACGUACAAGACGCGUUUCAUCCCCAAAAAAAACAUCACAUUCUAUGAUAACCAAACCGUGUCCUUCGUGCUGCUGGCGGGUGCAAUCUUUGAGCCUAGCAUGUCAGUUGGGUCAGAAGAGGACGUUUUCACAACUCUUAACCUAGCUGUAGCAGGUCUCUACAGUUAUCUUGAUCAUAGGUUGGCAAAUGUGCUUAUAAAUAGCUUCAGUGCCUCACUCUUCCAGAAUAGGACUGUUAGGGAACUUUUGUGGGGCUACAGAGAACCGAUGUUCAACAUGAGCAUGCUUGGAGUUUUCUUUCCAUACAAUGACACCACCGAUGGACCUUACACUGUAUUUACAGGCAAAGAUGAUGUCAAAAAAGUAGCCAUGAUUGAUCGCUGGCAGGGUGAAAAAUCUGUGAGUUACUGGAAUGACACUUAUUGCAACAUGAUCAACGGAACAGAUGGUGCUUCCUUCCCUCCAUUCCUAGACAAGAAAAAACCUCUGCAUUUCUUCUCCUCUGACAUAUGCAGGUCAAUAUCUACUGUGUAUGACGGCACUAUAGAUCUGAAGGGGAUUGAUGUGUACCGGUACAAGCUGCCUGCCGAGGCUCUGGCAUCUCCAGCGGACAACCCAGAUAAUCAGUGCUACUGCACAGACACUGUGAUAACCAAAAACUGCACUUUGGCAGGACUUCUCGACAUCUCUCCCUGUAGAGGAAUUCCAGUGUACAUCUCUCUACCCCACUUCCUCUAUGCCAGUGAAGAUGUUUUGCAGGGAGUGGAGGGACUGAGCCCGAACUUUGAUGAGCACUCCAUAUUUAUGGACGUGGAACCAAUUACAGGGUUCACUCUGAGAUUUGCAAAGAGGCUUCAACUCAACAUGUUGUACGGCCCAUCUGAUGACAUCUUAAUUUUGAACAAAAUCAGGGACAACACAAUCUUCCCUAUUUUGUGGGUGAAUGAGACUGCAGUUCUAGAUGAUGAAACGGCUGAAAUGUUCAAGAAAGAGCUGAUUUCACGGAUCGACAUAUUGGAGGGAUUUCAGAUUGGAUUUUUAGCCUCAGGCUCAGUCAUAUUUUUCCUCUGUUUGAUUUGGUUUAUUGUGGUGAGCAGGAAAACAAAGUAGAAGAUUAAGAUGAUUGGUUAGGUGAAAUUUUUUGUGCUUUGAGUGUUUGUUUUUUAAUAGCGCAAUUUGCCUAAAUUGUAUAUUGUAAUUGUUAUUUGAGUUCAGGUAACUGCAAUUCUAUUUAUAGAAUUUAUAUACUAUGCAGUUUUGUGAAUUAAAAUAUUUGCAGUAUGUUUUUGCUUGAUAUUGUAUCAAGUUAAACUUUCAGUUGUUAUCAGGGCAAAAAUGCUAUUAUUCUGUGGUCAUACUGUGGUUAAUUUAAAUAUGGAACAGUUUUGUAUGUCAGCACAAUUUCAGUAAAACAAUGAAUUGUGAAACUUAGCCUCGUUUUUGUUUUGACGAACUCCGUUGUUUCAGGAAUCGCUUGUGUAAUACCAACCAAUGAAUUUCUGGAACAGAUUUCUCUAUUAUACCCGGUGAAUCUAUACAAUUUGUUUUCUAGCCGCUGUAUGGCUGCUAAAUGAGAAGGGAAGGGAGUGUGUUGAACAAAAGCCUGUGGUCGAGUAGGGAACAUGGGUUUGUUUAAUAUGAAAGCAGGACUGGGAGCAGUCCACUGUCUGCUUUAUGAAUCAUAAAGUGCCCUCGGUCAGCUCUGGUCUAAAGAACUGCUUAAGACCAGAGCGAACAGGAUGGAGUUUUUAUUUUGGUAUGAAAGCUUAGUGAAAGAUAUAAUUAUAUAACUAAUUUAUAUACUC